CACCCACACACGUCCCCAAGGGCGUUCUUCGCCAUGGUCGACCGAGCCAGCCCGUCCGAUUAUCCCCACAUCGUUCUCACGCCAACCCACGCAACCACACGGGUCGAUCCCAACGACUCGCACGAGAAAACAUGCCAACGACAUCGCCGACACACCACGGCGGCCCUCCUCGCGACGGUGUGUGCGUUGGUGGUUGGCGCUACCGUUGCCAUCGCUGUCAAGACCUUGCCCACGACCUACGCCCCCGACCUCAACUCGAGUGACAAGAAGGACCUUGCAAAUAGUCCUGCCAUCUCAAACCACGCAACAACGAUUCCAAGCGACAACACUAUGUGGGAGCCCUUGGCACGCGAACCACCGACGUCGACGGAUGCCCCUAGCGCGACCAUCGCACCGACCGCCAAGCCCACCCAAACGACCUGGACACCUGCUACCGCUGCUGCCACCACCGUUCCAAGUGCUAUCCCCACAUGGGAGCCUCUGUCACGCGAAAUAAUUCCGACAUCGACAGUUGCUCCAAGUGUCAAUGUUGCCACGACGACCAAGCCCACCCAAACGACCUCGACACCUCCAACCACAGCAACUGCUACCACGACUUCAGCGGCGCCGAUCACGACGACGACGCUGGUGCCAGCUACUGCUGCACCACCAACAACUACUACAGCCCCAAGAUCGAAACCAGUCGUGGCAACCCCCGCCCCUCCUCCGCUCGCUCCACCGGUAACCAAAGGGAUGGCGACCGGCAUGUUUGUUUUCCAAAACAACUGCGAAACACCCGUCGGCUUGUACCGAAGCCACGCGGUGAUCGCAUCGCUGGCCCCUGGGGAGUCUCUCCAACUGGACGGGACAAAGCAAGUCGGUCAAAUGUUUCACUUUGGGUGGGACUCUGCAGGGGACGCCACGUUGUUUGAGACCACGUUUGGCGCGGACGGACGAUUCUACUACGACAUUAGCAUCAUUCCCGUUCGAUGCGGAGCGUCGUGGGACUUUUGCACCGGCCCGACGUCGUUCAACUUGCCCAUGACGGUGACAGUGCGCCGUGAAGGGGACACCAACGUCGAGGCGUUUCCGACGUGUAAGUCCCUGCAGUGUGCAAGUGCGACGUGCCCCGUUGCGUACAAAGUCCCCAACGACGUCCGAACGAUGGUGUGUCCGAAGCAAGUGGCCAUGACGAUCACAGCGUGCUAACAGAUCACACACGGGUUGGAUGUAUGCUUUCAUGGUUUUUUCAUGGGGCUGUGGUCGACAUGCGAUUCGCGCGACAACCGGGGGAGGAUGUACAGUCCGUCAAGAAAUUAUAGACGCACCCCAAAAUUUUCCACUUCUGAACUAUCUGUGAGGAUUGCAGUUGAAACCCCUUCGUAGUUCAGGUCAUUAUGCUCUCAAACGCCAUAGUGCAAAAC